UGAUAACUUCAAAAAUUGUCGGAAUGACAAAUUUACUGAAUUUUUUUUUAAAUACUGCAGUGAUUUUUUAAAAUAUGUUUUUGAAGGCGAAGAAAUUGCGCUAUGAGGACCAGAUCUUGAUCCCAGAAAGCUGGGACAUUUCUAGUCUGGAAAACGACAUCAAGAAAAUGGAAAUCCAAACGGAAGAAGUUUUGAGUAGAGUGAAGGAAGAUAAGUCUACAACUUCGUUGGUGUGCGAGGACAGUGAAGAAGAAGUGGCAAUUUGGGAAAAACGCAGAGCAGAACAUUUGGCGUCUGUGAAGGAAAUGGCGUCAGUUUUCGCACUCGUUUUCUUAUUUACUUGCUUCGUUUUUGGACUUCAUUUGUGGCUCAUGCCUGGGGAUUUGCGACAAAGGUCAAUCGCGUUGAGAAAGUUGGACUCCGUGGCUGAAGCACUCGGAAGACUCAAGCAUGGGUUUCUGAGAAUGCUGUGGCUUGAAAAUUGACAUAUUUUCAAAUCAAUUGCUUCAUCUAAAAACAAAUUAACGUAUACUGUACAACGGAAGUCAAGGGACCAAAAACAUCCGUCGUGGAUAUAAUUUUCUUGCAGAGAACCCCUAAAACCCUGGAAUUGAACCCCAUGGGUCAUCCGAAAUUAAAAUCGUUGUAUUGAGAAAAUCGUUGUGUAGACAAUGUCUUUUUGCAGAGAGAGACUCCACUUGAUUACGAAAAGUAUUUCAGCAGAUUUGGUUUUACAACUCAAUUUUGACCCCGUAUUUAAAUUGCGGUUUUAAUGUUGAAAAUGAGUUCAGAUGAUUUUAAGAUUCACAAAUGCAGGCGGGA